AUGGAGGCGACUCAAAAAAGGAUGAAAACGGCCGUCGAUAGUAUGAUCGAUGAAAUAGAUCGCAAAUAUUUACGCGAUGUGCAGAAGAAGAUGUUCGUGUGCUCAUCGAAGUGCUGUGAUGACAAGUCAAUGACUCGUGAAGAUGUUGAAAAUUGUGUGGAUCGAUGCAAUACGACUAUGAAGAACGCUCAAACGACACUCGAAAGUGAACUUGGGGAACUGCAGGGUCAAUUAAGUCGAUGUGCGAUGACAUGCUAUGAUAAAUUAGUUCAAAAAUAUGGACCAGAUCCAGGUAAAUACAGUGACUCGCAAAUGAUUGCAUUCAACGAACAGUUAGAAGGUUGCGUGUCUGGAUGUGCUGAUGAACAUAUAAAGUUAUUGCCGAAAAUAAAGGAACGUUUCGCCAAAUCGCUGAAUUGA